CGCAAUAAGUUGAAAUUUCUUCGAUACGAUCUUCUCCGAAGUUGAUUAGACGUCCUGCUUUCUGCUCUCUCCUCGCCAUGGCGCCGGGUCCCUGCUCUCUCAGUAACUGAAGGUGGCCGCCUCUCCGCCGCUGCCGGCCCAGCGCUCACACACUCGCUUGUUGCCGAGCACCGCCAUCUUGGAGACGGAGUGUCGUGAGCCGGCAGUUUUGGAGAAACAGAGAGAGACGGGACCCGGGGGUUCGAGCUGUGAAAUUCAAAGCCCACGAUUGGGUUUGAGAGGAGCCUCCUAUGGCCUCAGAGCUUGAUGAAGCUGAAGAUGGUGGCUAUACUGAACUGGCUAGACCUCUUCAUAUGCAGUAUCUGGAACGCGCCUUAAAACUUGACGCUUUCUUGCGACAGACUGCUGCUUUCUUCAAUAAAAAUGCUUCAAGUGAAGACAGUGACGAUGGUUUAGAACAUGACUCCUCCUUGGUGAACUCAGAAUCCUGCUCUUCUUUACUGCUGGUGAAAGAGAAAACAUUAGGACAAGAUGAAGAUCAGUCCUGUAGAACCGGGGAAUCACAAACUAUGCCAGAAUCAAAUUCGCUCAAUGGAGCUCUCAUACAAGAUCACAAAAUAGAUAAAGGAAGUUUAUACAACUUUUCAAAGUUAAAGAAAACAAGAAAAUGGCUGAAGGGUAUUUUAUUGAGUGAUGACACAACUGAUACUGACUCUGAUACAGAUGAUGAGGAGUUCACUUUAUCCAAGGAAGAGUUGCAGGAUAUGCUUAGGUUGCACAAAUUCAAAAAGCUGCAUCAGAACAAGUUCAGUCUUGACAAAGAGUUACAGCAGUAUCAGUACUACAGUGUUGGUGUUCUCUCCACUCAUGAUCCUUUCUAUGAACAACAACGCCACUUACUGGGGCCCAGGAAAAAGAAAAUUAAGGAGGAGAAGAAAUUAAAAGCAAAAUUAAAGAAAGUGAAAAAGAAAAAGAAACGUGAUGAAGACUAUGCUGCUGAAGGAUGGCAGUAUCCAACAAAAAUAUUUGCAAAGUUUUCCCAAGAUAGUCCGACUCCUGUGUCUAAAAAGAAACACUUAACAAUUGAACAGCUAAUGGCAAGGAGAAAGAAAGUCUGGCUAACUAUUGCCAAAAAAGAAAAUCCGAAGGCAUUCAAGCAGAAGGUUUCAGCUAGAAAUCUUGUUCUAACAAAUGCAAAAAAGCUGGCCCACCAGUGUAUGCGAGAAGUUCGCAGGGCAGCCAUCCAGGCUCAGAAGAACUGUAAGGAAACCUUGCCACGAGCCAGACGGCUAACCAAGGAGAUGCUGCUUUACUGGAAGAAGUAUGAGAAGGUCGAGAAGGAGCAUCGUAAGCGAGCAGAGAAAGAGGCUUUGGAGCAACGAAAGCUAGAUGAAGAAAUGAGGGAGGCAAAGAGGCAACAGAGAAAGCUGAACUUUCUGAUCACUCAGACAGAGCUGUAUGCACAUUUCAUGAGUCGGAAGCGCAAUAUGGGGAGUGAUGGAAUGCAGGAAGAGAUUCUCAGGAAACUAGAGGACAACUCGAUGCUUCGGCAGAUUGACAUUGGUGGUGGCGUGAUGGUCAAUGUCAGCCAUGAGGACUAUGACAGUGAAUAUUAUAAGUCUCAAGCUCUGAAGAAUGCAGAGGACGCAUACCAGAUUCACCAGGCCAGGACAAGGAUGUUUGAUGAAGAAGCCAAAGACAGUCGAUCUGCAUCUUUGCAAGUAGCAAAUAAUACAGGAACAGGUUUUGGAGAGAGUUACAGUCUAGCCAACCCAUCCAUUCGUGCUGGAGAAGACAUUCCUCAGCCAACUAUCUUUCAUGGCAAGCUAAAAGGCUACCAGCUGAAGGGUAUGAACUGGCUAGCUAAUCUCUAUGAACAGGGUAUUAAUGGCAUCUUAGCUGAUGAAAUGGGGUUGGGCAAAACUGUACAAAGCAUUGCACUUUUGGCACACUUAGCUGAACGUGACAACAUCUGGGGGCCAUUUCUAAUAAUAUCUCCUGCUUCUACACUAAACAACUGGCAUCAAGAGUUUACAAGAUUUGUUCCAAAAUUUAAGGUAUUGCCUUAUUGGGGAAAUCCCCAUGAUAGGAAGGUAAUUCGUAAAUUUUGGAGUCAGAAAACUCUUUAUACUCAAGAUGCCCCCUUUCAUGUGGUUAUAACCAGUUAUCAACUUGUUGUACAAGAUGUGAAGUAUUUUCAGCGUGUAAAGUGGCAGUACAUGGUACUGGAUGAAGCCCAAGCACUAAAAAGCAGUGCCAGCGUUCGAUGGAAGAUUUUGUUGCAGUUUCAGUGUCGUAAUCGUCUUCUGUUGACUGGAACGCCAAUACAAAACACAAUGGCUGAGCUCUGGGCCCUUCUGCACUUCAUCAUGCCUACUUUGUUUGACUCCCAUGAAGAAUUCAAUGAAUGGUUUUCACGGGAUAUUGAAAGUCACGCAGAGAACAAGUCUGCCAUUGAUGAGAACCAGCUGUCUCGGUUGCACAUGAUUUUAAAACCAUUCAUGCUGAGACGAAUCAAAAAAGAUGUAGAAAAUGAGCUUUCUGAUAAGAUUGAAAUUCUGAUGUAUUGUCAACUGACAAGCCGGCAGAAGCUUUUGUAUCAAGCCUUGAAGAACAAAAUUUCAAUUGAGGACCUUUUGCAGUCUUCCAUGGGAACAACACAACAGGCCCAAAACACAACAAGUAGUUUAAUGAACCUUGUCAUGCAAUUUCGAAAGGUGUGCAAUCAUCCUGACUUAUUUGAAAGACAGGAAACAAGAUCUCCAUUUCAUAUGUCUCUGAAACCCUACAUAAUGUCCAAGUUUCUCUUCCGAAAUGGCCUUAUUUCUACUUCCAAUCAAUGUCGAUCUAGGUUAUUACAAGUGUUGCUGUCACCAUUUGCACCAGAUCACAUUCAUCAGUCAUUAAUGCAUAGAAAAGGGAAUGAUGAAAGUAGUUGUUUUUCUUUCUUGAGAUUUAUCGAUGUUACUCCUUCUGAUAUGAAUAACAUUAUGCUUCAGGGAACCUUAAUCAGGUGGUUAGCACUUUUUUUAUCACUUAAGUCUUCAUACCGGCUUUACCACAAACGGCAGUGGGAUGCCAGCGAAAAUGAAGGAAGCAAUGCCAAAUCUAACUACCUUGUCAACAAAGCUCUCAUUCUUUGGGUGAACUCACCAACAUCUUUUGUGAAUGUGAACAGCAGCCCUGUAUUACAGGAGCUCAUUUUUACUAGGCACACUAAAGCGGUAGUGGGCCAUACAGACAUCAUUGUGCAUCGAAGAAAAUCUGCUACCUCAACCAUUAGACAUUGCCAGGAGACAGAGCUUCCUAAAUUUCUCUUUUGCUCCAUACCUCGGGUGUCUGCAGUCCCAAUGGAACAGUACUGUAAUGACCGUAGUGCUGAGUAUGAAUGGGCGGCAAUGAAGGAAGGUGGAAAUUUCAUGGCGAAGCAAUGCUUCUUGUAUGGUGAUCCAGCACUUGCAACUAACAGAGUGGGAAGACUUCCAGAAUUCUUUCCAGAAAGUCCUGGAGGUGUCAUGGCCAUUAACCCUCGACAUGGCUGGUCAUUCAUUAAGAUACCAGACAAGGAGAGUUUGAUAACAGACAGCGGGAAACUUCACACUCUGGACCUGCUGUUGACACGACUCAAGUCGCAAGGACACAGAGUUCUCAUCUACUCUCAGAUGACAAGGAUGAUUGAUCUUCUUGAGGAAUAUAUGGUUUAUCGCAAGCAUACGUACAUGAGACUAGAUGGAUCCUCAAAAAUUUCUGAGAGGCGAGACAUGGUGGCAGAUUUCCAGAGCCGAACGGACAUCUUUGUGUUCCUUUUAAGCACAAGAGCUGGUGGUUUGGGAAUUAACCUAACAGCGGCUGACACUGUCAUAUUUUAUGACAGUGACUGGAACCCAACUGUAGAUCAGCAAGCCAUGGACAGAGCGCACAGGCUGGGUCAGACUAAGCAAGUGACUGUUUAUCGGCUAAUAUGUAAGGGAACAAUUGAAGAAAGAAUAUUACAGAGAGCAAAAGAGAAGAGUGAGAUUCAGAGAAUGGUCAUCUCAGGGGGCAAUUUUAAACCCGACACUCUGAAACCAAAGGAAGUGGUGAGCCUGCUUUUGGAUGAUGAGGAACUUGAGAAGAAAUUACGACAGCGACAAGAAGAAAAAAGGCAACAGGAAGAGUCCAGCAAAGUAAAAGAUCGCAAGAGAAAAAGAGAAAAAUAUGCAGAAAAGAAGAAGAAGGAAGAUGAAAUGGAUAUUAAAAGGAGGAAAGAGGGCAUGAAUAUAGUCAUUCCAUUCCUACCCUCUGCAGACAAUUCUAACCUGUCAGCUGAUGGAGAUGACUCCUUUAUCAGUGUGGAUUCAGCAUUACCAAGCCCCUUCAGUGAAAUUUCAAUGAGCAGUGAGCUUCAAGCUGGAUCAAUCCCACCUGACGAGAGCAGUAGUGAUAUGUUGGUCAUUGUUGAUGAUCCAAUGUCAUCUGCUCCACAAUCUCGAGCAACAAACUCCCCUGCAUCUGUUACUGGGUCUGUCUCAGACAACAUGAAUGGUGUUUCAUCUCAAGACACCUGUAGCCCUGGUAGGGGGCGCUCUGCGAGAAACCGUGGACGCCCUAAAGGCUCAAGCGGAGGGACCAAGUCAGCAGGAAAAGGAAGGAGCCGCAAGUCAACAGCUGGAAGUGCAGCAGCUAUGGCGGGAGCCAUGGCGGGAGCAGCGGCAGCCUCUGCAGCAGCGUAUGCAGCAUAUGGCUACAGUGUAUCAAAAGGUAUUGGGAACACCAGCACACUGCAGCCUUCACUUGCAAGAUCCAGCUGUACUGGUAAUUUUCUACCCUCAGGCUCGUCCUCCCCUCUCACAUCUCCUCAGGGUAAAGCAGGCAUUGUCCCAUCUAGUCCUCAAACUAUUAGCCAUGUCAAUCCUGCAGCGAUAAACAGAAAACACAAAGGACUGAGUUCACUAGGAGGAAGGUAGCAGUUCGCAGAAACCCUGCCCUAGUAUAAAAAUGUUCUGAAAUCUGAAUUACUGCGUGCAAGCAUUGUGUGACUGUUUGGAAAUUUGGCAGUUAAUAAUAAGGCAUAUUAUGAAUUGAAUAAUGGCACAUUUGAUUUAGCUACCUUUGCUGAACCAGGAAGAAGCCAUCCUCAUGUAACUUUCACAUAGCUGUCCCGUGUUACUGGAAGAGCUCAUAA